AUGGGGGGGGGAGGUCGGUCGGUAGGGGAGCGCCAGGCGGGUGUCCCACGGGGAGGAGGGCCCCCGCUUUGGUUUCCGACCAGGCUGCCUCGGGAGGGACCGGGCUUGCGGGCUUCGGGGACGGGUCUGCGCCUGGGCGAGCGAGGGGCGCCUGCUUGGCCACCGGAGCAGGCGGUUGCCGAGGCGGACGAGGGGAAGUUGAGCCCCACGUCCCGCCUGCUCCGUCCCGCUCCCGGUCGGCUACCGGCUUUGGCACACCGGCGGCGAUCCCGGCCGCGGAGAAGCGCUCCCCGUGGCCGGCGCAGUUUCGUGUUUGCCAAGUACGGCGGGCGUCGGAGCGCCUCUGGCCGCGGAGAGGAGAGAAGGCGAGACGGUGCGAUCUCUUCCUCCGUCGCCCAGCCAGCCCCGGAGCCGUCUGGCUUGGACGCCCUUGCCGCUCGAGUCGGAGCCGGGAACCCGGGAGCGGCGAUCCCCACCGCCCGCGUUUCCCUUCGGGAUCAAAGGCAGCCGAGCUGUUCCGAGUGGCGCGCGCGUGUGUGUUUGUCUGUCAGCUCCCCUUCUGAGCAUGGAGGAAUCUUUGAAUAUGUGGAUGGCCCCAAUGCCCAGGUCAUGAACGCAGAAGAGCAAGCCUUCCGAUUCUCUGCCAACAUCAUCAACAGGAAUAGGACUCUGUUGCCCAACACAACCUUAACGUAUGAUAUCCAGAGGAUACAUUUCCAUGACAGCUUUGAGGCCACUAAGAAAGCCUGUGACCAGCUGGCGCUGGGGGUGGUGGCGAUCUUUGGGCCCUCUCAGGGUUCCUGCACCAACGCCGUCCAGUCCAUUUGCAAUGCCCUCGAAGUCCCCCACAUACAGCUGCGGUGGAAGCAUCACCCUUUGGAUAACAAGGACACUUUCUACGUCAACCUUUACCCGGACUAUGCCUCCCUCAGCCACGCCAUCUUGGACCUCGUCCAGUACCUGAAGUGGAGAUCAGCCACCGUGGUGUACGACGACAGCACAGGCCUCAUCCGGCUGCAAGAGCUGAUCAUGGCCCCUUCCAGGUACAACAUCCGUUUGAAAAUUCGCCAGCUGCCCCUCGACACAGAGGACACACGGCCCCUCCUGAAGGAGAUGAAGCGAGGGCGCGAGUUCCGGAUCAUCUUCGACUGCACCCACACGAUGGCCGUGCAUAUCCUCAAGCAGGCCAUGGCGAUGGGGAUGAUGACAGAGUACUACCAUUUCAUCUUCACCACACUGGAUCUUUAUGCAUUAGACCUAGAACAAUAUCGCUACUCUGGAGUGAACCUGACCGGCUUCCGCAUCCUGAAUGUGGAGAACCCGCACGUCUCCGCCAUCAUUGACAAAUGGUCGAUGGAGAGGUUGCAGACGGCCCCCAAACCCGAACCCGGGUUGAUGGCAGGGGUAAUGAUGACAGAUGCUGCCCUGUUGUACGAUGCCGUCCACAUUGUCUCUGUAUGCUACCAACGGGCCCCGCAAAUGACGGUCAACUCCCUCCAGUGUCACCGGCAUAAAGCCUGGCGCUUUGGUGGCCGCUUCAUGAACUUCAUCAAAGAGGCCCAGUGGGAAGGCUUGACCGGGCGCAUUGUCUUCAACAAGACCAGCGGCUUGAGGACCGAUUUCGACCUGGACAUCAUCAGCCUCAAGGAAGAGGGGCUGGAAAAGGUUGGGGUGUGGAGCCCAUCCGAGGGGCUGAACAUCACCGAAAUUGCUCGAAGGCAAGGCCCCAACGUGACGGAUUCCCUCACCAACAGGUCCCUGGUGGUGACCACAGUCCUGGAGGAACCAUUCAUCAUGUUCACCAAGUCAGACACAGUCCUCUCUGGGAACAAGCGCUUUGAAGGCUACUGCAUUGACCUCCUGGCGGAGGUCGCCCGGAUCCUCGGCUUCUCCUAUGAGAUCCGGCUGGUGGAGGAUGGAAAGUAUGGAGCCCAAGACGAGAAGGGACAGUGGAACGGCAUGAUCAGGGAGCUGAUUGAUCACAAAGCGGACCUGGCAGUUGCCCCGUUAACCAUCACCCACGUCCGGGAGAAAGCCAUUGACUUCUCCAAGCCCUUCAUGACCUUGGGAAUCAGCAUCCUCUACCGGAAGGCCAAUGGGACCAACCCCAGCAUCUUCUCCUUCCUCAACCCCCUCUCCCCUGACAUCUGGAUGUACAUCCUGCUCGCCUACUUGGGUGUCAGCUGCGUUCUCUUUGUGAUCGCCAGGUUCAGCCCUUACGAGUGGUACGAUGCCCACCCCUGCAACCCUGGCUCGGACAUGGUGGAGAACAACUUUACCCUCCUCAACAGCUUCUGGUUCGGAAUGGGGGCCCUUAUGCAGCAAGGUUCAGAGCUGAUGCCCAAAGCCCUCUCCACACGCAUCAUUGGAGGGAUCUGGUGGUUCUUCACCCUCAUCAUCAUCUCUUCCUACACGGCCAAUCUGGCCGCCUUCUUGACGGUGGAGAGAAUGGAAUCCCCCAUCGACUCUGCCGACGACCUGGCCAAGCAAACCAAAAUUGAAUACGGAGCAGUGAAGGAUGGAGCCACCAUGACCUUUUUCAAGAAAUCCAAAAUCUCCACAUUUGAAAAAAUGUGGGCCUUCAUGAGCAGCAAGCCUUCUGUCCUUGUGAAGAACAAUGAGGAAGGGAUCCAGCGCGCCCUCACCUCAGACUACGCCCUGCUGAUGGAAUCCACCACCAUUGAGUACAUCACCCAGAGGAACUGCAACCUGACCCAGGUUGGGGGGCUGAUAGACACCAAAGGCUACGGGAUUGGCACACCAAUGGGGUCACCGUACAGAGACAAGAUCACCAUCGCGAUCCUCCAGCUGCAGGAGGAGGCCAAGCUGCACGCCAUGAAGGACAAGUGGUGGCGAAGCAAUGGCUGCCCAGAGGAGGAGAACAAGGAAGCCAGCGCGCUGGGCAUCCAGAACAUUGGCGGGCUUUUCAUUGUCCUGGCCGCGGGCCUCAUCCUCUCCGUGUUUGUGGCCACGGUGGAGUUCAUCUACAGGCUGCGCAAGACAGCCGAGCGUGAACAGCGCUCCUUCUGCAGUGCCAUGGCUGAUGAGAUCCGACUGUCGCUGACCUGCCAUCGGCGUGUGAAACACAAGCCCCAGCCCCCCAUCAUGGUGAAGACGGACGCCGUGAUCAACAUGCACACCUUCAAUGACCGACGGUUGCCGGGAAAGGACAACAUGACCUGUAACACAGGGCUGACCCCCGUCUUCCCGUAACCGAAGGAGGGGUGAGGACUGGGGAGGGGCUCUCCAGAUCCAGGAGGGAGAAACGGGCACCUCCGCGCAUCACGGAAGGAAGGAGGGAAAGCACCCGGCUUGGGUUCUCUUGUUUCUGUUUCCCUUUUUUCUUUUAGAAAACAAAGCCUUCAACACAACUGCAGCCAUCAUCCAACUUGGAAAUGAGGACUCAGAGCCUGGACUGAGCUGUCUCCAUGUUGGGUUGCUCUUAUUAUUAUUUUUUUCCCCUUUCAAAUCGAGGUUUGAGUGGCUCUGUGGGGGUCUUUUGACAUCGGAGCCCCACGCCCCACCCAGACACAUCCAAGAGUCUUGAUGUUUACAUAAUCAGAAGAUGGAGGAAAUUAAGCAGGGCGCGAACAGUGCUGGCGCAGGAAAGAAAGGAGGGGGAGAAAAGCCACAAAGCCCACGAAUCCAACGCUUCCUUUAAAGUAUGGCAAUAAACACAAUGACAUUUGGUUCGGUCUUGGCCCGGGGUCAGGAUCCGACCACGGACAGGAGGUGCAGGCGUUUGCGUUGGGAGGGUGGGGAGGGGUGGAGCCGGCCGGGCCCAGCGAGGAUUUUCCUUCUAUCAAAACCACUGCCUUCUCCGGAAGAAGACAAACUGUGAUCUGUUACCUCAGUGCUGUUCUGAACUCUUACACAAGAGGAGACCCCACGGAGCGACUCCUGCCAGCACAUCCAUCUCACGGGGUGUCUUGCGUGCCUGGUCCCUCUUGGGGGGGGGGUUGAGGGGAGAAUACAGAGCGCCUGCUUUCUUCGGAAAUAUGGUGACGCGCGGACGUG